UUCUGAAAAGUCCAACCGGAAGUGUGGAUGUAUAACCGGGACGUAUUGGCGCGGUGUGACGUCAGACUGUUACAGUCCGUGCGGACCUUCUACUGCAGGUUAAAGUGUUAAGAUUCACCUGUCCGCGUGACCCACCGGAGUUUACCAACAACAUGUCACACACCGUCAUCACCACGACAACCACCACAACCCGAACCUACGGAGAGAGCGGACCGAACAUGGGCUACACCCGAACCAUCCCGGGACUGCUGAAGAUCGGACAGAUGGUGAGUCCAGCCCGACACGCCUCAGUUCAUACCGGGAUUCAACCGGGCAAUAACAACGUUAAUACCGAGAUUCAACCGGGAUACAACCUUGUUAUUAACGGACAAAACACUGGAGUUUACACCCGAAACAACACUGUUUAUACCGAACAAAACACCGGAGUUUAUACCUAAAACAACGCCGUUGAUACCGAACAAAACACCGGAGUUAAUACCCAAAACAACACCGUUUAUACCGGGCAAAAACACCGGAGUUAAUACCCAAAACAACACCGUUUAUACCGGACAAAACGCUGGCGUUUACACCUGAAACAACAUCGCUUAUACCGGGAAAAACACCAACGUUCAUCCACAAAACAACACCGUUUAGACUGGGAAAAACACCAGAUUUUAUCCACGAAACAACACCGUUUAGACAGGACAAAACACUCGAGUUUAUCUACGAAACAACACCAUUUAUACCGGGAAAACACACCGGAUUUUACACCCGAAACAACAUUGUUUAUACUGGAAAAAACACAGGAGUUUACACUCGAAACAACAACGUUUAGACCGGGAAAAAAGACUGGAGUUCACACCCGAAACAACACCGUUUAUACCGGACUAAACACCAGAGUUUAUCCACGAAUCAUAACCGUUUAUACCGGACUAAACACCAGAGUUUAUCCACGAAUCAUAACCGUUUAUACCGGACUAAACACCAGAGUUUAUCCCCUAAACAACACCUUUUAUACCGGACAAAACACUGGAGUUUAUCCACAAAACAACACUGUUUAUACCGGACUAAACACCAGUUUGUCUGCAAACCAACACUAUUUAUGCGGGACAAAACACUUGAGUUCAUACCUAAAACAGCACUGUCUAUACAGAAUAAAACACUGGAGUUUAUCCACAAAACAACACUGUUUAUACUAGACAAAACACCUGAGUUUAUACCUGAAACAACACUGUUCACCUUGGACAAAACAGUAGAGUUCAUACCCAAAACAACAUUGUUUAUACAGAAUAAAACAGUGGAGUUUAUCUACAAAACAACACUGUUUAUACUAGACAAAACGCCAGAGUUUAUACCUGAAACAACACUGUUUACCUCGGACAAAACAGUGGAGUUCAUACCCGAAACAACACCAUUUAUACCAGGAAAAACACCUCAAUUUACCCCUAAAACAACACCGUUUAUACCGGGUAGAAACACAGGAGUUGACACCUGAAACAACACCGUUUAUACCGGGAAAACACCAGAGAUUGAAAAAAACGUUCUACCGGACAAAACACUAGAGUUUAUCCACGAAACAACACUGUUUAUACAGGGAAAACACACCAGAGUUUACCCCCGAAACAACACUCUUUAAACCGGACAAAACACUGAAGUUCACACCCGAAACAACUCCGUUUAUACCGGGAAAAAACAGUGGGGUUCACACCCGAAACAACACCGUUUAUACUGGACAAAACACCGGAGUUUAUCCACCAAUCGUAACUGUUUAUACCGGACUAAACACCAGAGUUUAUCCGCGAACCAACACAGUUUAUACUCGACAAAACACUGUAUUUCAUACCCGAAACAACACUGUUUAUACAGAAUAAAACACUGGAGUUUAUCCACAAAACAACACUGUUUAUACUAGACAAAAUGCCAGAGUUUAUACCCGAAACAACACUCUUUAUACCAAGCAAAACAUCUUAGUUUAUCCCAGGCGUACAGGGGAAUACACAGUUUUGCCAAAAAAACAACAAACUUUUUUUUAAAGUUAAUUGAAAGGUUUAGCUCUGGGCCAUAAAUAUAUUUGGUUUAAUUAGAUUCAAUUUAAAUAUUUGCUUAACUUCACUGAUUCUUUAUGGAUUGCUAUUUUUUUUAUAUCUUGGAAUAAUCCGAUAGGAGGUUGAACAAAGGUCACAUGAUUAAUUCUUUGUUUCAGAGAUGAGUUAAUAUUUCCUUACUUUUGUUAGCUGAAUUUAUUUAGAACUGUUAUAAUUUAUAAUAUUAUUUACUUAUUAUUUUAGGGGGUGGUACUUAUAAUUUACGAAACCUUAGAGAUGUAUCAUAAUGAAAAUCUCAUUUUCGAUAGUCAGCAUUCUGCCAUGUUUUGGUCGACUAUACGAAUAGCCACAGAAUAGAGGAGUUGCUCCGGGUCAGGUUCACCCUGAACCAAUCAUGUGCUGAAUUAGAACCAAGUAUCAAACAACUGUGUCGCAGCAGACAGCAGCUACACCCAGCCAUAGCACAUUAACAGGUGAAUCUGACAGCACUGUUGGUGAGAAAAAAAGAAAAUGAGUGCUACCCCCGACAGAAAUGACAAUGAAGGCUCAACAGAUGACGACAUCGUCGACAACGCUGGCAUGAAAACGUUGGUGGUGUGGAGGUAUUUUGUUUUUUUUAAGUUGGACAUGAAGCAGAGUAAUGUGUACUGCAAAUUAUGUCGAGUACAUGUUCUCACAAAGUCGGGGAAUACCUCAAAUCUUUUUACCCACCUGAAGCAGCGCCACGCCACAGAGCAUGUGCAACGCAAAAGGUUACAAACCCAGAGUGGAGCAAGGAGUCCAUGGCGCCUGUGUAGCCGAAACAGACGACCAUUCAGUCAACUGAUAACUGGUUAUUAUUGAUACUCUAUACAGGUGAUUUUAUCUUUUCUAGAGCAGAGGGUGGAGGAGGACUGCAGUUAUUGAUCCAGUGAUCAACAAAGGACUAGUUACAUAACAUUCCAACUUUAAUAAACUAAUCAGUAAAUCAAUAACAGUAUAAUGGUAACUAAUCAGCUGUUGAAUCUGAUCUUAUCAUUUUCAGUCGAACUCAGAAGUUUUUUCAGCUCAGACGUGUUUUAUCUAAGCUGAGACUCAGAGUCUGAGUGUAAAAGACGAAGUUUAUGUUCGAGCAGAAACCGAAGUCUGAGUGUAAACGACGAAGUUUAUGUUCGAGCAGAAACCGAAGUCUGAGGGUCAAACCCUGAAACUUUUUAUUGAACCGACCAAUCAGAGACGGUCAGGUAAGCCUCCACCUGAAAAACAAACUAAGACCUGAGCCAGAACUGCUAAAACCUGACCCCACCCCCUCUCCCCAGCUGGCACUCCUCGUGGCCUUCCUGUGCGUCCGUUGUGCCCGUGGUUGGCCCAGCUGGGCGGCUUUUCAGUACUUUGAGGUGGUGUCUCUGUGGUUCCUGGUGGCCCUCCUCAUCUUCUUCCUCAUGCACCUCUUCAGACUUCAGGCCAGUAUGCCGUGUAUCAACUGGCCCCUGACGGUGAGCCCCCCCCCCCCCCCACACACACACACACACACACACACUGCAGAGCUGAGGGUGUGUGUGUCUGUCGGUGUGUAAGUGACGGAGCUUCAGUUUAUCUGUUAACAAAACAGGAAGUUACACAACGAGUCCUCCAAGGGUUUAGAGAAGUAAGGAAGGAAGUGAGUGAGGGACGAGAAGCUGCAGGUGUCAGAGGAGGAGUGUCAGCGAAAAAUAAACUUUAAUCUGUUGGGGGGUGGGGGCAGACAGAGAGGGAGAGAGAGAGAGAGAGAAGGAGAGGGAGAGAGAGAGAGAGGGUGGGUGGAAAUAAGGUAUCCAUAUAAAUUGAUGAUAACGCACUUACAUACUUAUUUAACCCUUUGUGCUCUGUGAAGAAGUGAAUGUUUUUUUGGCCGUAGUUAGUGAAUAAGACUCUUGCUUUAAUGAAAAUAUAAACAGUUACCGUUAUUGUUGCUGUUAAUAUUGUACUUUAGUAAUAUUGUUACAACAAUCAUGCCAAUAAAGCUUGUUGAAAUGUUGAAAUUGAAAAUAAUCCUCUGAGACUCUAACAAAAGCCUGUCUCAUACAGAGGUUUGGUACCUAAGGGAGUUAAAACAAACCAUGGACUGAGCCUAUAUUAGAGGAUUUACGGUAGUUUAAAUAUAAAGUGUUAUGUUUUGAGGAAGAGCCUGAAUAUAGAGAGUCUUAAUGUUUAGUUAAGAUAAUUUAGAGAUGUAAAAAGUGAAACUUUAUGAUGUUUUAUUUAUUCUCCUGCUCUUCUUUCUGUCUCAGGAGUUUUUCCGUUAUUCCAUCUGUUAAACUGACUUUAUUUUAUAGUUUAUUCACUUUCACCUGGUUUAACCCUUGUGCACUCCUUUAAAUUUACUGACACUUGUUACCCUUGUGGCCAAAAGUGCCCGGUCUAAUAAAAGUGCAGUAAAAACAUUAUACAUUCCUUUUUCUUUUUUUUUUAACUUUAAAGCAUUAUAUCUUGUUAACAACUCCAGACCUAUCCAUAGAUAUAAAGUUUAUUAUAAUUUUUUAAUAUUUUUUUAGGUUUUUAGUGUCUUUUGUCGUGAGAACCCCUGAUUUUUUUAAUAGGAAAAACACAAAAUAUGCAAUAUUUCCAAAAAUGAGUUGCAAAAUGAAAUAUUUUUGAUAAAGAUUUUUGAUCAAGAUAUUUAUUUUAAUGCAUAAUAAUUUUUGGCACAUGAGAGAUUCAAACUUCUCCUUCUCCUCUUUGUUUCCCCUUCUCAAAUUGCAUUAUCCCUGUCCUGAAUCCUCUUGGCUCAUGCACACACAUAGAGCCCUAGGGGUGCUUGAGCCCCUGCCCUUUUUGCCUUGUAUUAAAAGGUGCCCUCUUUUUAAAAAAUUUUUUUAUAGCAUUAAUUAAUUCCUGUUAGGGAUGUAAAAAAAAACAACAAAAAAAAAAACGGUGGUACAAAAACUCCACGGUAUUCUACCUUACCCAUUGUCUUGUAAUACAGGUUUUUGUGUGAGAUGAGCCUGCCACUUCUCUGUCCACUCUGUCACAGAGCCGCCAGAGAGAGAGAGCACGGUGCAUCAAUUCAGCACAGAGCAGAUCAUGUCAGACAGGAAAUCCUGUACAAAAUAGAAAAUAAAACACUAGGUUUAUUUUCAAAACAAAAUGCAUUGUGUUUAUGGAGGAUCACAUUUUCCUCACUACAGGUCUGAAGUACAGGUUCCAGGUUUAGAUACAAAGUUUAUUGUGACUUCGCUACUGUUGUGUGGGCUAACAAAUUAAUAAUAAUAAUAAUAAUAACAAUAAUAAUGAUAAUCUUUUUGUAUGAUAUGGACUUAUUGGGUCUGAAAUAAAGUUUAUAGAUAGAUAGAUAGAUAGAUAGUAAUUUCAGCAUGUAGGUAAUCUGUGUUUGAAAUAUUACCAUGUUGAUCAUGUCAUGUUGACAAUAGUUUGUUGACACAAAAGAAAUGGCAAUUGCAUAUCACUUUCACCUACACAGGACAGUCGUUAGCUUUUUAUUAGUACUUUGUUUUUUAAUUUUACAAUAAUUUCCAUAUAGUAUAACGGACUGGAAAAAAAAUUAAGCCUCUGUCCCUGUAUAAUCAUGUGCACGUCCCUGUCCUGGCUCCAAGGUGAAUCUUGUGUGUGAAUGAGAAGCAUGUAUCUGAGGUGAAUUUUGAGGAUUCAUCUGAGAGUCAGAAGGGCUGAUUAUUCCCAUACAGAUGGACCCUUUAGAUGAAAAUAAAAAAUCCCAGGUCAAAAGGGCUCCGUUGAUGUUUUUUUUUUCCUCAUUCAUAUUCAAACCUCUAUUUUAUAUCAUUGCUAAUAUACCAAGGCCAUUUUAUGGUGUUUAGCUUUGUUAUUUCUAUGCAUUUUGCGAGGUAACAAACCCAGGCCUUCACUGAAAUUUCCCCAAAACUUUAUGUAAUGGCCUCUGGUUGUUAAAGGGGGUCAUUACUCCUAAAACAUAUUUUCCCUAAAUUUUGAAGAUAAAAGCUUAGAUCUAUUAGGUAUAAAUAGAAAAAGCAUUAAAAUAUGUUAGGAUUAUAGCGUAUGACAAAUAUGUGGUUAUAAUGGGAGUCAAUUGGCCACAUUUGGCCACAAGGGUAACAGGUGUCGGUGUAAUGCAAAUCUCCUAUUCUAAACACUUCCAGUACACAGGCUUUUGGAAUUAAGGAAAUAAAAAUGAAAAAAAAUAGUGCCAAAAUUUCAUACAGCUAGCCUUUAAACUGACCGGGUUACUGAGAGAAGAACAAAAAAAACACCCAAAAUGGCCACUUUUGUCCUCAAGAUGCUCCGAGGGUUUUAAAACUAUUCCCCGUUAUUUAUUGACUCUUCUUUCUGUCUCAGGAGUUUUUCCAUUACUCUGUUGGCUCUGUCCUCAUUUUGAUUGCAUCCAUCAUUGGCGCUGUAAAGAGUGGAGGAGUUUCAGCGCUGGUGGUGGCGUCGGUAAGUCAACACACUGACACUGGGUAAUUCCUUGACAGCUGUCCAUAUUUAUAUUUAUUAGCUUAAAUAUGUAACAAUCCAUUUUUAUUGCAAAAUAAAACCAUCAGCAUCAGCAGGAUCAGAUCUUCGGACCCUCCUCUCUGUACACAGAUCGGCUGUAUCAGGUGUCAAUCAUAGAAAACAUGAACCCCCUAAUAACUUUUAAAAAUGGAGCUGUACAGAAAAAAGAGGACUUGAGCACAAACCAGUCUUACAGUAACUACAUGUCAACAUCACAGCCAGGGGGGAAAAACAUUUAUAUUCUGUGUCAUUAAUUUAUAAAAUUCGUCCACAGCUCCAUAAGGAGGCAGAAUUUAUGACCUAUACUGCAGCCUGUCACCAGAGGGUGCUGUUCUCAGAGUGGCAUCACCCAGCGAGGAGGCAGACUGCGUCUAUUCUAGAUACAGUCUGUGGUCCCACAUCACCGAUAAAAUCAGACUCAUCCAAGUCACUCUGACAGUCCCACAUUAAAACAUGAGGGGCCGUCUCUAAAGUUUAAUGUCUCUUUAUUAUUGAGGGGCUGUCUCUAAAGUUUAUAGUUUCUUUAUUAUUAAGGGGCCGUCUCUAAAGUUUAUAGUUUCUUUAUAAUUGAGGGGCUGUCUCUUAAGUUUAUAGUUUAUUUAUUAUUGAGGGGCUGUCUCCAAAGUUAAUAGUUUCUUUAUUAUUAAGGUGCCGUUUCUAAACAUUAUAGUUUCUUUAUUAUUGAGGAACCGUCUCUAAAGUUUUUAGUUUCUUUGUUAUUGAGGGGCCGGUGCCUCAGUUUCCCUGUGGUUCUCAUAAACAGUAUUUAACACUCGGGUUGAUUAUUCCAGUAAAACUAUGAAACACUUUCUGGGUGUAAGUUUAUUUACCUGAGAUCCUCACAGAGUCUUAUCUGUGUGUGUCUGCAGGUGUUUGGGUUCAUCGCAACAUUUCUAAUGGCUGUCAGUUUGUGGUCGACUUACAGUGUUACCUGUGGCGUUCAUCAGACCGGUAUGUCUAAUAAUUUUCAUAUAUUGGUUUGAUUUUCUUUCUCUUUAGCACAAACUUUAUAAUCCUGUAAAAGUCAAAAAAGUCUGUUAACAGUAAAUUUGGGGUUUAAGUUUGAGGAUUCUGUCUCGCGUGUGUCUGAACACGAUCACGCACAAGUUUUGAUUACUCUGCCUGCCUGCGGUGAUAUCAGACCCAGGUCUGAGAGACCAGAUAACGUUUCAGGUCAUGUAAUGAGGGACUGCGCAGAAGAGCUUAAAGACAUCUUCCCUGAGCCGGGCUGUUGUUCCUGCGCGCUUCAAAACCGCCACCAGCAUAACUGUGCUCAGGAAGUCCACAUCCACCUCCGUCAAUGACCACGGCCCCAUCGCAGUCACCCUUAUUAUCAUGAAGUGCUUCAAACAGCAAGUCUCCAAUAAAAUCUUGGACCCAGAGUUUACUGCCAACAAAACACGAAAAAAAAAACGGUCAUGGAGCUCUGAACUGUCCCUGAACGUUCGGCACCACCAUCGAAAAUAUCUGCGUUCUUCAUAAAGACGGUAGGUAGGGAUGCGGACACCGAACAUUCUCUUGUGAAUGCUAGCUUAAGGAUCUCUCCCAGAAAACUGGUUCCUGAUCUUCCCUAUUGAGAGACCUCGAGCAGUAUGGUCGUCAAAAACACCUGGAGUUAGUGUUUGGCGGUAUGAUGGUUUAAACGGUGUGACGGUAUAAAACUGUAGAAAUUUCACUGUUUAUACUGGAAAGAGAGAGAGCAGAUGUCUGCUGCGUUUCUCUGAGUCAGUGUGGAGUUGUCUGUGCUUGCUAACAGGAAAGACGGAUAGUGUCCGUUUGGGUGCGUUUCCGUAUAUUCACAAGCGUGUCGUGCGGAGUUUGUUCACUCUGUUUGAUUGGUCAGGUUUGGGUGCGCUCUCCAUAAUCACCAGCAUGUCCAGCAGACUGCUUGGCAUAGUUUCAAUGAAGAAGAAACAGCUUCACUGGUGGUGGUCAUGGUGGAAGCGGAGAUUAGUAGCGAUACCGAGCAAACAGAAGCAGCCAGACCCACCCAACAUGAGGAAGAGGAGGAGGAACUUGUUCCGAAAAAGAGCGCAAGUCGUGACAUCAGUUGUUCCGACAAUGAUCAAAAAACGAAACUAUGUGAAGAGUGUGGUUUUGUUUGUAUUUGUAUAAAAACUUUGAAAAAAUUAAGUUUGAUGACGGUUCGACUCUCUCGUCUCCGACAACAAUUAGUAGACAAACUACAGGAAGGAGGUCAGCCAUCAGUCCAUGUGGAGCACCAAUAACAAUCUCCGUCGUACCUGGACAAGACGAGGCCACACCCAACUCUGCCCACUGACCAUUAGGACUGGGCGAUCAUAUGAUCGUGAUCGAUGAUCGCGAUAAAUUUCAGUUCGAUCAUGGUGAUCAGCUGUGAGCAUAUUUACUCGGUCAAACAUGGCGGAAACGUGCGUCACAACAGCAAAUCAAAGUCGAGCUUUUCCUGCUCAGUUCUUUAAGUUACCGGAGAAGUAAACAGAAUGACCGAACAUGGAGCUAAACGCGGAGCUGAGGGCAGCAAGAUAGAUAUCAGCCGUGACUUUGAGUCAUCCUCAGAAGAUGUUAUAUUUGAGAAGUUAUUCAACGUCUCUCCAAAGUGACGUCGAGCAAUUAAGCCGAUAAACCGGCAACAUAACAAAUCAGUUCUUCCCGAGUGAUUAUGCUGGAAGCAUGAAAAUGCGAGCGGAAUCUGCACAGCCUGUCACUUCUGACGGCACGAGUAGCAUUAGCAGUUUAGCCAGAACUAGCGGUGCAGCCACAGACCAAAACAGCAAUCAAUCAUAUCCAUACCUGCCAACACUCCCGUUUAUCCCGAGACUCUACCGUAUUUCAGACCUAUCUCCCGCCCACCCCCCGUAUUGUCAUUUCUCCCGGGAAUUUCUCGUAGCAUGGUCCGCAUUCAUUCAUGAAUCAGGUCACUAUAUUUGUCCAAAGUUUCCAGGUUUCCAGACAACCGGAGAUUGUUCUUUGUUUCUGCUGAGCCUCAAAGACACUGGAUUGAUACUUUUACUUCACAGUUUUGGAUGACUCAGGUCGGUUUCAGCUGUAAACUGUAUUUAAGCAGUGUUUGUUGGAAAAUGAACACUUCAAUGAAAGGAAAACAAAUGUGAGAUAUGCGAGAGUGAUGCGUUCAGGGCAGCCCCGGAUAAAAGAGUGCUGUAUUUAAUUCACAGAUGUUCAGAGAGCCUCAUACGGGAGAGCAUGUAAAACAUAUGAGGACUUUAACACUGAUAGUACUGGACUAAAUAAGUUCAGGGCAUAUCGUACCUUUUAUCUUUUUAUGACCAUUUGUUAUUGUUAAAACAAAACCAAAGUGUGCAGCUUCACUUAUACUUAUUUGGAUGAGCAAUUUAAUUACAAAUACUCUCAUAAUUAGCUCAUAUCCACCAUAUGAGGUCACCCCAAAACUGCCCAGCGUGCGCCGCAAAGAACUCCUGGAUUUUAUAACCCAAAUGUUGGCAGGUAUGUGUAUCAUCUACGUUUACAUCACCUAAUGUUUACAUUUUAAAGCAUCUUCAGUAUCCCUUAGGGGGCAAUUUGUUUAUUUUGGGCCUUGCAUACCUGCAAAAACACUCAGGACUGUAAACUAAUUCUCUGUAUUACUUAGUAUUUAUCUACAUUUGUUGUUCUGUUGAGUUAAAAUGUCUUUGAUUUUUGUAAGUGUAUCUUAUUGAAUUUGCUUUGUUUUUUACUUUGUAUGUUAAUAAAAUGUUGAACUAAUCUCUAGUUUUUUUUAGUUUUUGGUACAGAUGCUUUAAAACUAGCAGUUAAAAAAAAAAUCGUGAUAAUAAUCGAGAUCGGACGAUAUGACAAAAUAAAUCGUGAUCAUUUUUUUUGCCAAAUCGCCCAGGCCUACUGACUAUAUAUGGUGCCGCUGUGGACAAAGCGGAACCCCCUCCCCAGACAACCUGUUUAGCCUCCCACCUUCUAGGAGAUGGUCCCAGCGCCGAGGGGUUAAUAAUCGUCAGAGGGCAGAGUCAACAACAGCCCCCCAGAUAAGGAUUUAAACAGACUCAGUGUCUUUUAUUUUGAGUUUAUAAAGUUUUUAAAUGUUUUCACCGAGCGACUCUCACCAGAGGAACCAGAGGAAUGCUAACGGCGCUAACGAGCCGUUUUAGAGGAACGAAAGCAGAAAAUCAGUUGGAAGGAUGGAAGGACGGAUGGAUGGAUGAAUGGGUGGAUGGAUGGAUGGAUGGAUUCGUUUGUUGUUAUUUGUUCAUUGUUGUUAUUUGUUCGUUUUGCUGUAAUUCGUUCGUUGUUGUUAUUCGUCCGUUAUGCCUUUAUUUGUUCGUUAUGUUAUUUGUUCAUUAGUUUUACAUUCAUUUUUGUCUCCUUUUUCCAUCUUUCCUUUCAGCCUUUUUUAAACUUUUUUCUUUCUUUAAACAUCCGUCCAUCCCUCUUUUAAUCCUUUUUUUAUUUUUUCCUCCAGGUGCGGCGGUGUAAAGCUCCUCCCCUCACAACGUACUUAGACGGCUGUGUGGGCAAUUCCCUGGAGUUCUGGUCUAUUUUCUGCCUAGCAACAGCCUGGAUGGUCAAACCUGAUUGGAUUAGAAUUCUUAGAUCAACAGAGGAAAAAAAAACGUGUUCCACGGCAAUGUAAACGUCCUCCCGGUAAAUCCUGAGAGGACUGUAGUUCCAGUGUUACUCAGUUACCCAGAAUUUCUUUGUUCUUUGACAUGUAAAGGUGCUGUGCCACAAUUUAACCAUCAAUGUACCUGAAACCAAGUGACACCAACAUGACUUAAUUUCCCAUCAGUCCCUGCUCUUCCCUCACUUCCUGGUCACUGAUUUAGAGUUAAAAAAAAAAAGACAUUGUGCCAAAGAUUCACGCACACACCUUCAAACGUCACACUAAAACUCCCCGCAGACGUCGGCGUGUUCUGUAUCUGUGAUGCUAAAGUUAGCCUGAAUAGCCUGCUAGCUUAUUUAUAUCAUUCAAGCUUCUGUCUGUUAUUCGUGAAUGUCUCGCUCACGCUCAGUGUGGACGUCUCCAAAUAUCUUUGAAGUUUUGUAAAAUCCUUUUUCUAAAAGCCCUGUUAGCUUGGAGGCUAAUGUUUGUUAGCACACUACGUAACACCGUUAAUAUGAUGUCGACUUUUGAGUGCGCUAAUAAAUUCUGACGAGCUAACGUUUUUUAAGAAACAGACUUGCAUGUUAAUGACUUUGUUAGCAUGCUAAGACAUUUCUCAGGGCUAAUACUGAAGAGUGCUACGAAAACACUAGCGUGCUAAAAGCUAUUAAACAAUUAAACACAAACCAUUAGCGUACGAACAUGCUAUCAAACACAGAAACAAAUCGAGAAAAUGAAAAAUCCCUGAAUUUAUGGGAGAUCAUGGAGGAUGUUUUUCUCUUCAAAUAACGAUUUCACUGAUCAGAGAUUUAAAAGAGCGAAAAACAAAAAUUUUCUGAAUGUCUUUAAAAAAAUCGUCACGUUUUUUUGUCACAGUCUCCGUCGGCUGUUAAAUCAGUUUACAAUCCUCCUCCCAGCCUCCAUGAGUUCUGACUGUUUGCUUCGUUAAUACCGUUUACAACACAACUGUCUGUGGUGCUCCGAAAAUUUUAAAAAAAUUACAUUUUUAUUUCAAUAAAGCACAAGAUGGGAAAAGAGAGAGAUGAGAAAAAGAGAUAAGAUUUAUUCAAAGUUAGAGUCACAGCUGCUCCGAAAAUAAAAACAAACUUUUAUUCAAACAAUCUGAAGCACAGAGAAAAUUAAAUAGAGGAAAGUGUUGAAUUAAAGCAGAAACCCGAUUUUUAUUAUUACAGGUUAAAUUACAAUUAUUAUAAUUAUAUAUUAUUACAGGUUAUUUUUUAUCAGGACUGGACAGGUGUGUGAAAAUCUGUUUACAUUGAAUAAAAUAAAAUCUUAGAAAUGUCAAAAACAGAAAUGAAAUUAUUUAAACACAAAUGAGUUUUUGAAGCUAAAUUUCUUUAAAUGACAUAAAACUUAAAUCAACAUUAAUUCAUUAAAUUUAAACCUUCUGUCUGUUUGUACUCUGCGCUUGCACUAAAACUUUUUUUUAAAGCUAAAAUUUAGCUUAAAUCUGUGCUGAGGAGUUUCAGAGGGAAGUUUACUAACAGUUUUUGUCGAGAUGAUAUGCCGACAUUUAUAAAAAAAAUUUGACUUUCUCUGUCAAACAAACUGAAGCAGUAGAGCUCAUGAAGGACUGAAAGUAAAUAAAAAAUAAGUAAAUAUGAUAAUUUUUGUGAAGUGGACAGUUCAGUAAUCCCUGUAAGAUCGCCAACGUUUAAACCUUUUUGAAUUUUGAACAGAAAUCAGAAACUCAAAUUAAUUGAAGUGACGGAUCAUGAAUUUAACUUAUUUAACUUAAUGAAUGUUUGCCAACGUUAUGUUUAUUUCAAAUAUCAGCUGAUUAUUUCUGUCAUGGUUGUUUUCAGCCAUCUGAAAAAGACAAAAAAAACAUCAAACUGCGAAUUUUAUUGAGGUGAAAAGAACUGAGGGAAACUUCAAUAAGUAGAGUUCAUUCCAGAAGAAAAACUUUAAGAAUAAACUUAAAUUAGUAAAAACAAACUUAAAGAAUAAACUUACAUUCAGUGAAUAAACUUAAAUUAGUAAAAACAAACUUAGAAGAAUAAACUUAAAUUAUUUUAAGUUUAUACAAACUUUCUUAGGUCUCUCUUGUUUUGUACAAACUGAUGUUUUUUGUCAGAUUUUUGCAUCACAGACCGUCGGAUCCCAGGAAACCUGAAGCUCCAGAUUUUAGACUGAAUGUGUUUUUUUAUUUUGAGUGAAAAUGAAGGUUUAAGUGAAAAUGAAGGUUGUUCUGAAAAUAAAGGUUUUAGUGAAACAGUAUUGGAGUUUAAGUUUAUACAGGAAAGGUUUGAAGGAUUCCAAUGUUUGACUCUUUGUGCACCUUUCAACCCCACACAGCGACAUCCUGUUCACCAUAUUUAUCACUAAAUAAAAUCAUAUUUCUGCCAGAGUUAUAAAAAUAACAUUUUAUUUCUUUAUAGCAUAGAGCCGAAGGUCUUCACAAAGUUAAUUUUCAUUAUUUUAUAGAAAUAUGUAAAGCUUAUUACUGCACAGCUGCUUCACUUUCAGGUUUCUUUUUUUAAUGCUUUAAUAGUCCAACAUGUUCACAUAGUUUGUGUUUUUGCUACUUUUUAAUUUUUUUUUUAUGUUUUUAAAUUUGAUUUGCUCUGAACCAGUUUGACUGAUGAAAGUUAAAUUUGUGUUUUUGAUGCACUGAUUAAACUCCUUAACGCUGAGACCAUGAAAAGCUGUGCACAAUUAUUAUUAUUAUUAUUUUUUUCAUUAUUAUUAUUAUUAAUGUUGUUGCUGUUGUUGUUAUUAUUAUUACUAUUAUUACAAUCCAGUUUCAUUUGGCCUUUGUUUUUUUCCUUUUACAAAAUUUAAAAGUGUUGGAGUUUGUUUUUGUUACUGUAUAAUUUUUUGGGCAUACAUAUAUUUAUAUAUAUUUUACUUAAAGCUGUUUUUUUUUGUUUUGUUUUUUAUUUUGUCUGAAUUUUUCUUCAGGUUUGGUGUCGAUGCAGAAAAAAAUCUGUUUUUCUCCUGAAGAGUCAAAAAUACAAAAACUUGAAACAGAGAAUUUCCUCUGAAAACCAAAUCAGUCUGUUUACAUUUUUCUUUAUUUUCUCUCUGUUUAUUUCACUGUUUGUUUUCUGUCUGUUCUGUUUAUGUAGUUUGAGUUUAUUUUUCUGGUUUUAGGAUAUGAGCGAGAGAGAGGUUUUUGUCUGAUUCUCAGUUUCUCAUUUUAACUCAAAAUUAAAAUUAAAUCUGAAUAUUUAAAAUUCUUUAGGUUGUUUCUGGGAAAUCAUGUCCAAGGUCAGGAUGUCUCAGUAAGCUGAAACCAGCAAAAUAGUUUAAAAAUCUCAUUUUGUUUUUUUGUUUGUUUUUUUUAAACAGUUUUUGAGUCGGAUGGUUUGGAGAUUUUCCAUCUAGACUUAGUUUUCAUAUCAAAUUCAGAACAAUAAAAAUCGGAUUUAAACGUUUCUUCUGACAGAAUAAGAACAUAAAACAAAAUCAGAUUUAUUCAGAUUUGACAAACAGACACAAAGUUCAGGCCCAGGUCCUGGUCCAGGUCCAGGAUCAGCUGUAGACCUGCCAACAGGGUCCAAAAGAAACCGAAAGUUACAGAUUCAGAUCGUAUCCAAAGUGCCUUACUGUCGUUUCAGCUCUGAUGGUCCGUUAACCUGCAGUUUGAUGGAUCUGAAGUGUUAAAGUGUCCAAGUGUUAAAUGUGGACGGAGACAGUGAGCAGGUAAAGAAACAAAGUCAAUAAAUGAAGAAAUAAAUAAAUAAAUGAUUCUUUUUUUCUGUGUUCUUAUUAAAAAAGUAUUUCCGCAGUAUUUCCUCACUUCACUUUUGUUAUUUUUCUACUUUUUAAAAAUAUGUUUGUGAUUUCUGCAUGUUGUUAAUUAAAGGCUCAUUUCACCAUUUC